UGGCAACGUUAUGCUUUGAAAUCGAAAAAUUUCCUGGAAUAGAGGAGGUUCUUGAGGGUCAUGUGAUAAUGCUUGGCGUGGCAACAAACCGCAGUUCUAAAGUUAUACGUGUUUUUGUGCCGUUACUAGGCGGACGACGUAGGUUGUUCUGUGCUAAACCAAGCCAGCGACACGUGUUUUCCAGCAGGAGCUACAGCACUUGGAGUGAUAUGGCCGAGGAGGCAAAGAAGCUUGCAGGUUACGCCGCUGUGAAUAACCACGUUAAGAACAACUAUGUGGUGGGGGUGGGGAGCGGAUCCACUAUCGUCUAUGCUGUGGACAGACUUGCUGAGAGGGUGCAGCAGGAGAAUCUCAAAAUCGUGUGCGUUCCAACAUCUUUCCAGGCACGCCAGCUGAUUCUGAAGCAUGGGCUUCCUCUUUCUGACCUUGACCGGCACCCAGAGCUGGAUGUGGCAAUCGAUGGGGCAGACGAAGUGGAUUCCUCUCUCACGCUCAUCAAGGGAGGCGGGGGCUGCUUGACUCAGGAGAAAAUUGUCGCUGAUUGUGCCAGACACUUCAUUGUCAUUGCAGACUACAGAAAGGACUCCAAGUGUCUUGGGCAGCAGUGGAAGAAGGGUAUUCCUGUGGAGGUCAUUCCAAUGGCUUAUGUUCCCAUAGGCAGGGACAUCACACGACGUUUUGGAGGGGAGGUGGUGUUGCGCAUGGGUGUCAGUAAAGCUGGCCCAGUUGUGACCGACAACAGUAACUUCAUCUUGGACUGGAAAUUUGAGAAGGUACACAACUGGAAGGAGGUUAACAUGGCCAUCAAGAUGAUUCCUGGGGUUGUGGAAACUGGACUCUUCAUUGACAUGGCAGAACGAGUUUACUUUGGGAUGCAGGAUGGAACUGUGCGAAUUCGAGACCCCCCAAUUCACUGAAAGCUGCCAAGGCCCCUUUUGCACCUGGAUGUUUUCUGGCCUCAGUGGCUACGACAGACUUCCACUUUCACUGAUUCUGCGGGGGGGCUUUCUUUAGUUCCACCAACCAAAAUGUCUUCCCACGGAAAAGGGACAGGAGAGCGAAUUUCCACUUCACUCUGAGCUCUCUGGGUUCCUGUGUGAAUAAGAAGGUGCUGAAGAUGUGCUGAAAAAGGAUGGCUUGACUGAGGACUGUUACUGUGGUCCUUAGCUUUUGGUUCCUUUUGUGAUGCCAGCUGCAAGGUAAACAGUCCAACAUUGGCAAGCAGACCUCAAGGAUGAAAAGCAGUCCCCAGAAAGACAUGAACAUUCACAUGGGUCAGCUAUUAUGUUUCUCACCAUGACCAAACUUCUCCUUAAUUGUUGCCUUUCUUGGAUAUGGUAGCCAUUUGUCUGGCUCCCUUUUCAGACUCUAACUAUGGACUAUAAAAUGUAAAAUAUAAUUACUGCAGGAGUCUUAUUUCUGAAGUUUGGUUGUGGGGCAAUUGUCAGUUUUUCACUGUUGAAUAAAAAUUGUUUUUCAGAUAUGUUUUUCCCCUUCUGUUAAGUGGGGAAAUUUUAUUUUUUUUUCCAUGGAUUAAUACCAAGGAGCUGAGAACAUGUAAUAAUUUAAAGGGCAUUGAAUACCUUUGUGAUGACCAAGUGCAAUUUUGCCUUUAAACUUAAUGCAGCAAGUCAAUAAUAACAAGACCACUCUCCCCUUGUGUCUGAGUUCUUAAUCAGUGAAACUUUUACAUCUUCAGGCCAUUUUCCCACAGCUUCUUUUCAUUUAAUUUCAUGUCAUGAAUUCCUCCCUCUGCUCGAGUUGCUUUCCUUCUACCUUCAGAACCGCGGUUAAGGGAAGCUACUCUGGACCCAAAAAUCAGUCCAGAGUUACAGGCUAGCUUCC